CAAUGGCCUAGAAAAAAAGAGAGGCGAGGUCAAUGAUAAGGUCAUCGAAUCAGGCCAAUGCUCUUGAAGUAAGCGGUCAAAAGUUACGACUUACGAGCUUUAUAAAUAUUAUAAUAUAGUGCCUAUACUUUCAUAGAACAUACCAAGCAUUUUAUUACACGUUCAUUUCCUCCUAUUGUUUGAGAAAUCAUUUCUGUUUUUGUCACUUCGGCAAGUGAAUGAAAUUAAGUAGAUCUGAACAAGAUAUUUACACUGUUAGGUGGGAUUUUUGGGUGGUGCAAAGAUUUAUAUAUGAAUGCUAGGUAUAGGCUGGGGAAAAGAUUGAGGGAAACAACCUUUUAUUAUCUCAUAAUUUGAGGAUCUUUUCUAAGCUGCUUGCUAUUAUCUGAAGGAGGCAACAAUGGGCACGGAAGAAGUGAAUGAUAAGAAAGAGAACCAGAGAGAGAACUUGGAAGAACUAAAUGAAGAAACUGAGGGUUCAAGGACAAUACAACCAUGGACAAAGCAAAUUACUCUCAGGGGAGUCAUUGUUAGCAUUCUGAUUGGGAGCAUUUACAGUGUGAUAGCCAUGAAGCUAAACCUCACAACUGGUUUGGUUCCCAACCUUAAUGUCUCUGCUGCUCUUCUUGCCUUUGUUUUUAUCCGGACAUGGACAAAAGUAGUUCAAAAGGCUGGAUUUAUAUCCAAACCUUUUACAAGACAAGAGAACACCAUGAUACAAACAUGUGCAGUUGCGUGUUACAGCAUAGCUGUUGGAGGUGGAUUUGCUUCCUAUCUUUUGGGAUUAAACAGGAAGACUUACGAAUUGUCUGGAGUAGACACUGAAGGGAAUUCGGCAUACGCUGUAAAAGAACCAGGAUUUGGUUGGAUGACUGGCUUCCUUUUUGUUGUUUGCUUUGUUGGUCUUUUUGUCUUAAUUCCUAUCAGAAAGGUCAUGAUAGUGGACCUCAAGUUGACUUACCCAAGUGGCUUGGCAACUGCAGUUCUCAUCAAUGGUUUCCAUAGCCAAGGGGAUAAGUCGGCCAAGAAACAGGUGCACGGAUUCCUGAAGUAUUUUUCAGCCAGUUUCCUGUGGGGGUUUUUCCAAUGGUUUUUCUCUGGGAAAGAUGGAUGUGGUUUCAAAGAGUUUCCUACCUUCGGACUCCUAGCCUGGAAGCAAACAUUCUUCUUCGAUUUUAGCCUAACCUACGUCGGAGCAGGAAUGAUCUGUUCCCACCUGGUUAACUUAUCUUUGCUUUUUGGAGCCGUGCUCUCAUAUGGACUAAUGUGGCCACUUAUUAAUCGGCUUAAAGGAGAUUGGUUUUCUGAGGAUUUACAGGAAAGCAGCAUGAAGAGUUUAUACGGCUACAAGGUUUUUGUAUCUGUUGCUAUCAUUCUUGGUGAUGGCCUCUACAAUUUCCUCAAGAUAUUGUGUUUCACGCUUAUUAAUAUCCAUGGCAGAGUGACUAACCAGAAUAUAUUGUCCUUCCUUGUAGUUGACGAGGAUGACCAGAAGAACAGAGCUGAGGAUUUAAAACAAAACGAAGUUUUCCUCAGAGAAACCAUCCCAAUGUGGAUAGGCAUUGUUGGAUAUGUAAUAUUAUCGAUCAUGUCAAUUGUUGUGAUCCCCAUCAUGUUUCCUCAGCUCAAAUGGUACUAUGUGGUUGUAGCUUACAUUCUUGCUCCAUCUCUGGCAUUCUGCAAUGCAUAUGGGGCUGGUCUCACGGACAUGAACAUGGCCUAUAACUAUGGGAAAGUCGCACUAUUUGUGUUAGCCGCAUUGACGGGAAAGGAAAACGGUGUGGUCGCAGGGCUUGCCGGAUGUGGUCUCGUCAAAUCUGUUGUUUCUCUUGCUUGCAUUCUAAUGCAAGAUUUCAAGACAGCGCAUUACACUCUCACCUCUCCCAGAGCAAUGUUCUUGAGCCAGGCAAUUGGGACGGCUAUUGGCUGCGUUACAGCGCCUCUUAGCUUCUUUCUAUUCUACAAGGCAUUUGAUGUUGGAAAUCCGUAUGGAGAAUUCAAGGCUCCUUAUGCCUUAAUAUACAGAAACAUGGCAAUUCUCGGUGUACAAGGCUUCUCGGCACUGCCUCAGCAUUGUUUGCAACUCUGUUAUGGCUUCUUUGCUUUUGCAGCGGCAGUGAAUUUGGUGAGAGAUUUCUCACCGCGUAAGAUAGGGAAAUGGAUGCCACUUCCAAUGGCCAUGGCAGUGCCAUUUCUAGUUGGGGCCUAUUUUGCAAUUGACAUGUGCUUGGGGACUUUGAUUGUGUUUGUUUGGCAAAAGCUCAAUACAAAGAAGGCUGACUUGAUGGUUCCAGCCGUUGCUUCUGGACUAAUAUGCGGAGAAGGACUAUGGAUUCUCCCUGCUUCAAUUCUGGCCUUCGCUAAAAUUAAUCCUCCCAUUUGCAUGAAAUUCCUGCCUUCUUAGAGAAGGGAAAUCG